AUGGGGAUGGGAGGAUUUGGUUAUGGGGGAGGGUUCGGCGGAGGUUACGGAGGGCCUGAGUGCCAGGGUGGAUUUGGAGCAUACGGGAGAAUGGGCAGCAUGAGCAGCAACAGAAGCGAAGGGAUCCGGCGGGUCUCUAUCGACGAGCGCCUCUUGAAGCCGCUUUCUCUCGGAGUCGAUCCUGAGGAGCAAAAAGCGCGGACCCAUGAGAAAGAAGAGAUGAAAACCUUGAACAACCAGUUUGCCUGCUUCAUUGAUAAGGUUCGAUCCCUGGAGCAGCAGAACAAGGUUCUGGCUACUAAGUGGGAACUCCUGAAUCAGUGUGUUCAGCCCAGCAGGAAGAACCUGGAAGCUUACUAUGAGAAUUUCAUUGCCUCGCUUAAGAAACAACUGGAAUGUCUCCUAAGUGAGAGAGAAAAACUGGAACAUGAACAGAAGAACAUGCAGGAACUAGUUGAGGAAUACAGGUCUAGAUAUGAGGGAGAAGUUAAUAGGCGCACAACAGCAGAGAAUGAAUUUGUGGUGCUCAAAAAGGAUGUUGACUGUGUCUUCCUCACUAAAGAAGAGCUGGAAUCUAAAGUUGACGUUUUAGCGCAGGAGCUGGAAGUUCUGAGAUGUAUAUUUGCAGAGGAGUUAACUCAGCUGGACAGCCAAAUCUGUGACACUUCUGUGGUUCUGAAAAUGGACAAUACACGUGACCUGGAUAUGGACCUCAUCCUUAAGAAUAUUGCAGAGAUUCAGCAUAAUCGAGGCAAAUUCAAUGAAGAACUGAAGAACAACCAGCAUGAGAUUGCAGAGCUCAACAGAGUGGUCCAGAGGCUGCAAACAGAUGCUGCUAAUACAAAGAAGCAGGUUACCACUCUGCAGUCAGCUAUUUGUGACUCUGAGCAACGUGGUGACAUUGCCCUAAAAGAUGCUCGGAAUAAGCAUGUUGAGCUGCAGACAGCCUACCAGCAGUCUAAAGAUAAACUGGCAUGCCUGCUCCGUGAUUACCAGGAGCUGCUAAACACCAAGCUGGCUCUAGAUAUUGAAAUUGCUACCUAUAAGGCAUUGCUGGAAGGAGAGGAGAGCAGGUGA